CCGGAAACACUCAGCUGUCACUUGUGUAACGACAACAACACAAGACGCGUUGGAGGUUGUCGCUGCACGAUGGGCCCGCUAGAGUCAGACACGGCUGAUCCUGGUGCACCAGAGCCUGAGGAGAACCCCAAGCCCGAGCUCUCUGCCGCCAUGCGGGCUAAAAUCGAAAGAAACCGACAGCAGGCGUUGAUGCUCCGCCAAGCCCGGCUCGCGAGUCGCCCUCUGUCCGCCCUGCAGGGCGCCACCACUGCAAAAAUAUCCAAGACCAUUGAUUCUGGAGCCGGGUUCUUCAUUGACGAGGAGGACGGUGACGAAGAGCAGCAGACCAAACCGGUGGUGCACCAGCCGGCUCCGGUCAUAGAGCCAGACUACCUGGUGUGUGAUGACUGUCAGAAACCUUUCAUGGACUCCUACCUAAGUAACAGCUUUGACCUCUCUGUUUGUGACAAGUGCAGAGACAAUGUUGAAAAACACAAGCUGAUCUCCCGAACUGAAGCCAAACAGAGUUACCUUCUGAAGGACUGCGACCUGGACAAGAGGGAACCUCCCCUCAGGUUCAUACUGAGGAAAAACCCACACAACUCUCGGUGGGGGGACAUGAAGCUCUAUCUCAAACUGCAGGUGGAGAAGAGGAGCAUGGAGGUUUGGGGUUCGGAGGAAGCUCUGGAGGAAGCCAAGGAGACGAGAGAGGAGAACAGAGAAGUGCAGAAGCAAAAACGCUUCAAUAAGAAAGUUAAAGAGUUACGCAAGACCGUGAGGAGCAGUCUGUGGACAAAAAACACCAGCGCUCACCAACAUCAAUACGGAGCAGAGGAAGUGGUGGACCCAGAUGAGGACCUGUACAAGAAAACCUGCAGCACCUGUGGACAUGAACUCACUUAUGAGAAGAUGUAGAUGCCUGCCUCCAGUUUUUUCCCCCCCACUGACCAGAAACAAAUGCAGUUUGUAUUUAUCAAACAUGCUGCAGUGGAGAGCAGCAAAGAUCCUUGUCCUCCACAGAACUGCCUUCAACUUACUUUAUGGACCGGAAUGAUGUGUAUGAAAUCCUUGUACAUGUAACUGACUAGAUUCUACACUUGUGUAAUGAGAUCAGACCAAUCUCAUCCAAAGCAAUAAGUAUUACGGGACCAUAUCAGACGAUUCUCCUUGCAUCAGGAAAUGAUCUUGUCCAAAGUCAGAACUCAGGGCUGUUUUUCAUAUUGCAUUGUCAUAUGUACUGUUGCUCACCAGCAGCUGGAUAAUAUAAAAUAGAUCAUGUUUAAAUAAAAGCUUUUUGUCACAUUAGCGCUUAACCCUUCCUUCCAGUCAUGUUAUCCAGAUAAGAGAUUCUAAAAUCCUGAAACUGUUUCCUGUGUGAAGCAGGUUGUGCCAUUCCUAACCAGUUUAAAGGUACAG